AUGGCUCUUGGUGCUCUCGUCAAGAAGCAGCCAAAUGGCGACGCCCUGGCGCACGCCCAGGACGAGGCUCCCCAGUUCGAGAAGGUCGACUGGAAGAAGGAUCCUGGCUUGAGAAAGCUCUACUUCUACGCUUUUGUGCUGUGCAUGGCGUCUGCCACCACUGGUUACGAUGGAAUGUUCUUCAACUCUGUACAGCUCUUUCAGACCUGGAAGGACUACUUCGGAAACCCGCAGGGAUCCGAUCUUGGUCUUCUCGGUGCUCUCUACCAGAUUGGUAGCAUCUUCUCCAUCUUGCUAGUUCCUCUCCUUGCCGACAACUUCGGUCGCAAGGUGCCCAUCAUCAUUGGAUGCGUAAUUAUGGUUGCUGGUGCCUUUGUUCAGGGAUUCGCCCAGAAUCUGGGCAUGUUCAUGGGUGGCCGUGUCCUGAUGGGUGCUGGCAACAGCUUGGCCCAGGUCACGUCUCCCAUGCUGCUAACCGAGCUCUGCCACCCUCAGCACCGUGGUCGUCUCACGGCAGUUUACAACUGUCUCUGGAACGCUGGUGCCAUCGUCGUCGCCUGGUUGUCCUUCGGCACCCACUAUAUCCCCAACGAGUGGUCGUGGCGUAUCCCUGCUAUUGUGCAGGCCUUCCCGUCCGUAAUCCAGCUUGUCUUCAUCUUCUGGGUCCCGGAAUCGCCCCGUUACCUCGUUGCCAAGGACCGUGCCGAGGAGGCUCUACACAUCCUGGCCACGUAUCACGCCAACGGCAACGCCAACCACCCGACCGUGCAGUUCGAGUACCGUGAGAUCAAGGAGACGAUCAGAAUGGAGAUGGAGAGCAAGGCCAACAGCAGCUAUGCCGACUUCCUGAAGACCAAGGGCAACCGCUGGCGCCUCAUUGUCCUGCUCUCCCUGGGUCUGUUCUCGCAGUGGAGCGGAAACGCUAUCAUCAGCAACUACGCAGGUGUCCUGUACACGAACGCCGGCGUCACUGACUCAAACUCGCAAUUUGGUCUAUCUGGUGGUCAGACCAUCCUGUCGCUGAUUGUCUCCGUCUCCAUGGCUUUGCUCAUUGACCGCUUCGGCCGCCGGCCAAUGUUCCUCCUUUCAACUGGUGGCAUGUUCGGUGUCUUCGUGUUCUGGACACUGACCGCCGGUCUCUACGAGCAGCACAACGCUCCCGGUUCCAACUACGCCAUGAUCUUCUUCAUCUGGCUCUUUGGUGUCUUUUACUCGAUCGCAUGGUCUGGCCUUCUCAUCGGCUACGCGAUUGAGAUUCUCCCUUACAAGCUGCGUGCUAAGGGUCUCAUGGUUCUUAACAUGACCGUCCAGGCUGCACUCUGCCUCAACACCUACGUGAACCCGCUGGCCUUUGAUGGCUUCGGCAAGAACAACUCGUGGAAGCUGUACCUCAUCUACACAUGCUGGAUCUUCUGCGAGUUGACCUUUGUCUACUUCAUGUACAUUGAGACUCGUGGCCCUACUCUGGAGGAGCUUGUCAAGGUCAUUGAUGGCGACGAUGCCAAGGUCGCUCAUCUCGACCUUGAGCAGGUUGAGAAGGAGACUGCCAUCCACCACGAUGUUCAGGAAUUCUCCGGAACUCACAAGGCAUAA